ACCAUAUUUCUAUCCAAAUUCACUUUCUGCUCUAAAAUUUCAAACGCUUAGAUCGAAACAAUUAGAGAAAAUACAACAAAAAGCGAGAGAGAAAGAUGUCUUCUUCCAGCUCCGACGAUAGUUAUCGUGAAAGCCUUGGUCGUUGCGUGUGCGAUGUCAUUGUUAAGGCAGCUGGGGGCAUGGUGAUUGGUGCCGGCGUCUCCCUGUGGUUCUUGCGGCGUCGUCGUUGGCCGGUCUGGAUGGGAGCAGGAUUCGGCGUUGGACUGGCCUGUCGGAACUGUGAGAAGGACAUGAAGGCGUUGAAGUGGGGCAUGCUUCACCCUCCCUCCGACUGAGUGGACACCCACCUCUAGCUCGAGCCAUAGGCCACUUCGGCAAGCCUAGCAUUACGCUUGCUAUGUGGGCUGUGGCUGGAUGUCGAGAUGGUGUCAAAGUUUAGCACUCGGUUAAGGAUCGUCAAAUAAAACAUAAAUUGAAGAGUAA